UACGGAGAAGGUGAGUCAGGAAUCAAGCCAACAAACGAUCGAGGUGCGGUUUUGACAUACAUUGCUUCGAACUUGACACAACUGCCAUUCUCGUGGUCGCAAUGGGAAAUUUCAGUUCACAGUGUGGGAAGUGUGUCCUAGUUCCCGGCUCGAGAGGGACCUUUAAGUGAAGAGCCCACAGCGCUGCUGGGAAGGCUGAGCCGCCGCAGUGGGCUCCUGAAGCACGCACACCGCAGCGGUCGUCCAGAGAGGCUGCGUGAGUUUCUGGGGUCACACGGCCCAGCGAGGGCCAGCCCGGGCCCCGAGGCGCCCGGAAGCGACCCUCCGUAAACAAAGCCGUGCGGAGGCGCAGCCCCAGCCUCCGGGUUCCUAGGCCGGCGCAUGGGGGCGGGGGAGGAAUGUUGUGAAUGAACGUGAGGCCGCCCCGAAACUCCUCGCAAGGCCGAGCCGUGGGGUCCCCUCGCUUUGAUUGGCUCAUACCGCUGCGUGAUGGACAGCGCCUCUCCCUGCGACCUUUUAUUGGAUGGCAUCGAAAAGACUGACGCGACGAAUACCGAAUGAACGGUGGCUUCUGGGAGGCGGGUCUGCAAAGACAGCCAAUGGUGAGGGAGAGGUAGGGCGGCGGGGGCGGGGCUUCGGCUGAGGAGGCAGCGGCCGCGGAGACUGCUUCAUUGUUGUGAAGAGUCUUAAAGGGGCCGCGUCGCCCGGCCGGCCCGGCCGGAUGGAGCCCCCGGCGGCCAAGCGCAGCCGGGGCUGUCCCGCGGGGGACGAGCCCGGGACCGGGGCCCGUCGAGGCCGCCCGGAGCCGCUGCUGGACCUCAGCGCCAAGCGGGUGGCCGAGAGUUGGGCCUUCGAGCAGGUGGAGGAGCGGUUCUCCCGGGUGCCAGAGCCAGUUCAGAAGCGCAUCGUGUUCUGGUCUUUUCCACGAAGUGAGCGAGAGAUCUGUAUGUACUCAUCACUAGGCUACCAGCCCCCAGAAGGCGAGCAGGACACCCGGGUGCCAUUCACCCGUGGGCUGCACCUGCUGCAGAAUGGGGCUGUGGAUCGAGUGCUGCAAGUGGGGUUCCACCUUAGUGGGAACAUCCGAGAAUUGGGGGCCCCAGGAGAGCCAGAGCACCUUUACCACGUCUCCAUCAGCUUUGACCGCUGCAAGAUCACAUCUGUGAGCUGUGGCUGCGACAACAGAGACCUCUUCUACUGCGCCCAUGUGGUGGCCCUGUCACUAUACCGCAUCCGUCAUGCACACCAGGUGGAGCUGCGACUACCCAUCUCUGAGACUCUGUCACAAAUGAACCGUGACCAGCUUCAGAAGUUUGUACAGUAUCUCAUCAGUGCACACCACACUGAGGUGCUACCCACUGCCCAGCGCCUUGCUGAUGAGAUCCUCCUGCUGGGCUCUGAGAUCAACCUGGUUCAUGGUGCUCCGGAUCCCACGGCAGGCGCAGGUACAGAAGAUGCCAACUGCUGGCAUCUGGAUGAGGAGCAGAUCCAGGAGCAGGUGCGGGAGAUGCUGCGGGCACGAGACUCUAAUGGGGCACGCAUGCUAAUCCUUAUGACUGAGCAGUUCCUGCAGGACCCUCGCCUGGCCCUGUGGCGGCAACAGGGUGCUGGCAUGACAGACAAGUGCCGGCAGCUGUGGGAUGAGCUGGGGGCUUUGUGGGUCUGUGUCAUUCUGAGUCCCCACUGCAAACCAGACGAGCGCGCAGGCUGGCUGCAGCUGCUUGGCACAUGGGACAAGCUAGAUGUGUGCCCACUAGAAGAGGGCAACUACUCCUUCGGCAUCCCUGCUCUACAACCUACUGUGGCCUCCAGGACAGGCUCGGAGGACGAAGAAGAGGAGGUGACGGCAGCCAGUCUCCGACGUACAGUGUUCAGCAGAGCGCUGCAGGCUGGGGAGUUGCACUGGAAUGACAGCCACCUGCAGAGGAUCCUGGCCAGUGAUUCCUGUGGCCCGAGUCUCACUGGCAAUAUGGGAGGUGACAAGCCAACCUUUGACCCUCAGGGCCACCCCAUCUGGCUGGGUGAGCCUUUGCCUACUGCCUGUGCACGGGUGGAUACUUUGCGUGCCCAUGGUUAUCCCCACAAGGCUCUGCGGCUAGCAUGUGCCAUAAUCAACACUCUGCGGCUGCAGCGGCGACACCAGCUUGAGGACUACAGGCAGCAGAAGAAAGAACUGCUCCAGAAAGGUACUACCUGCCUCACGAGCACUGAAGGCUGGGUGGGCCAUCCCCUGGAUCCCAUCGGCUGCCUCUGCAGGGCACUGCUGGAGGCCUGUCGACUGGAGGAGGAGCCUCCCUCUCUUUACCCAGACUUGGCCACAGAGAAGCGGAAGCUGGCCUACCAGCACGUGCCAGUGCCAGGGAGCCCUGGAGAGUCCUACCUGGCACUGGCUCUGGAAGUCGCCCUGCUGGGGCUAGGGCAGCAGCGGGCCCUGCCGGAGGGGCUGUAUGCCCAGGACAAAGUGGUCCGCAAUGAAGAGCAGCUGCUGGCCCUGCUGGAGGAGGUGGAGCUGGACGCACGGCUGGUCCAAGUGCUGCGCACGCAGGCUGCGCUGCUGUUGGAAGGAGGCCCUUUCAGUGGCUUCGGAGAAGUGAUUUUCCGGGAGAGCGUACCCAUGCACACCUGUGCCCGAUACUUGUUCGCUGCGCUGCUGCCCCACGACCCAGAUCUGGCCUUUCGCCUGGCGCUCCGAGCCAUGAGGCUGCCUGUGCUGGAGACAACAUUCCCAGCUGGAGAAGUUCACCCUAACCCGCUGGACUCCAUCAUGAGCAACCGCUUUCCCCGUUGGUUCAUCCUCGGCCACCUAGAGACCCGCCAGUGCGAACUGGCCUCCACCAUGCUGACCGCUGCCAAGGGAGAUACCAAAUGGCUGCAUGCAGUCCUGGGUUCCGUCCAGCAAAACAUCCACUCCCCGGCCCUGCUCUUCAAGUUGGCACAAGAUGCCUGCAAGACAGCCACACCAGCCAGCGCACCACCAGACACCAUGCUGCUGGGCAUAGCACUGGAGCUGGGCCUGCAGGUGAUGCGGAUGACACUGAACACAAUGACUUGGCGGCGCAGAGAGAUGGUUCGCUGGCUGGUUAGCUGUGCCACAGAAAUUGGCCCACCAGCGCUGAUGAGCAUCAUGAAGAACUGGCACUCCUUGUUCACCCCAGUGGAGGCAGUCACUAUCGUGGCAGUGACGGGCACCACGCACGCCACUUUGCUGCGACUGCAGCUAGACGCUGUGGGGCGAGAGGAGCUCUGGGCCUGUGCCCGCACCUUGGCACUGCAGUGUGCCAUGAAGGACCCCCAGAACUGCGCCUUGCCAGCCCUGACCCUGUGUGAAAAGAAUCACGCAGCCUUUGAGGCUGCCUACCAGAUUGUGCUGGAUGCCGCAGCUGGUGGCCUCGGCCACGCCCAUCUGUUCACCGUGGCACGAUACAUGGAACACCGAGGCCUACCUUUGCGGGCCUACAAGCUGGCCACGCUAGCCUUGGCACAGCUCAGCAUCGCCUUCAACCAAGACAGCCACCCUGCGGUCAACGAUGUGCUGUGGGCCUGCUCCCUCAGCCACUCGUUGGGGCGGCACGAGUUGUCGGCCAUUGUCCCUCUCAUCAUCCGCAGCAUCCAUUGUGCACCCAUGCUCUCCGACAUCCUACGCCGCUGGACGCUCUCAGCACCUGGUCUGGGCCCACUGGGGGCCCGCAGGGCUACCAAACCACUUGGGACCGACAGGGCACCACUUUGCCAGCUCCUGGAUGCUGCGGUAGCUGCCUACAUAACCACCAGCCACUCACGCCUCACUCACAUCAGCCCACGUCACUACGGUGACUUCAUUGAGUUUCUGGGCAAAGCCCGAGAGACCUUCCUUCUGGCACCAGAUGGGCACCUCCAGUUCGCACAGUUCUUAGAGAACCUUAAACAGACCUACAAGGGGAAGAAGAAGCUGAUGCUAUUGGUCCGAGAGCGGUUUGGCUGAGGGACUGCAGGUAACUGGGAGCAAUGGGUAUGCCCUGGCCUGCCUUCCUGAAGCAGGAGGCCCGUGGCUACUCAAGGGUCAAGUCCCGGAAUGCGGGAUGCAGGGGUGACACCAUUCCAAGUGCGUGCCUAGGUGUAUGCAGACAAAAUGGGAGCUCUGAGGAUCUGAAGCCAUACUGCUAACUAGAGGCCUGCAGGGGGUGUGCCUGGGCACCCCACGAGCGAGAGGCAAGCUCUGGCUCUCCCAAACUUGCAGGGUUAGCUAAGGCUUCCAGGAGAAGGGCUGAAGUCAGAAAUCAGUUCUUGAACUCAGUGUAGCAGAUCCUCCAGAGCCCACCCAGGUGCCUGGGGACUUCUCAUCAGGGUAGUUCAAUCCCCUUGUGUUUCUUCUCUCUCCUACAGCUCAGGGUCCUGUCCCACUGCCCUGCGCUCCCAGCCCACGCUGCCAGCACAAAUCAAUGCCUCACCCCCACUGAAGGAUAUCAGGAGGCUUUGGGCCUCUGCCACAUACCUCACCCCCAAACCCCCUGUCCAGCCAGGACCUGUCUUGUCUUGGGCACCAAGGUCACAGGGUAGGAUGGGGACAGCUCUCUGCUGCCCGGACCCCACCACUAGUAACUGGAUACGCAACUCAGGAACCAGGCUGCCCUCCAACCUGAUGUGGAGGCCCAGGCAGACAGCCAGGGACUCCACCCUGUCUUCCUUUGCCCUACGGCUGUCUUGCUACCCCACUUCCUUAGUUUAGCCAUUUCUGCAUCUUUCUCAAGUCCCAGCUGCUGACGGAGGCUCCCUGUAUCCCAGGCCUUGGCCUACUACGGAGGAAGAGAAGGGCAGCCUCCAUCGCAGAUGAACCUGUUUCUCUUGUAUAUUAACGAAAAAGUUGGCAUCGUUUUGUAACUUUUUUUUUCCUAUUUAUUGAAUCC